AUGAGUCUUGAUCGUUCGCCUCUCGUUUCCGGCGACGAUGAUGAUCUACUAUCAUCGUCACCGUCAUUCCAUUCUGAAACCUUCAUCAUUAACACGAACAUUGUUGGACUACAGGGCUAUCGCGGCGGUAUAAGUGGCGGCGAGAAGGUCGUUCUCUUUCGAGAACCCCUUAAUCGCUACGACCCAAACGCCAUUAAAGUCUUCGAUGCUCUAGGAUUUGAAGUUGGCCGUAUUGAAAAGAAGGCAGCUGAUGUGCUUGCCCCUUUAAUCGACUCCAAUUUGGUUCAUGUGGAAGGAAGUUUACCCGAAAUCCCUGAACAUUUCGUUCACUACACUAUCCCCUGUCUUGUUCAUGUUUUCGCCAAACCGGAAGCCUUUGAAACCGUCAGAUUGGCGUUCUUGAGAAAAGGGUUGUGUGUGUUGUCUGAAAGGAAUCUGCAGUGCAGUAGUUCUAAGGCAGUUGUAGUGGAAGAGAAGAAGAAAAAGAGUAAUUUGGACGAGAUAUUUAAGUUGGUUGGCAAGCAUCUGAGUCAAAAUGCUGUCAGUGGAGUAAUCGAUCCCCCAUCAGAUAUCAUAUUACCUGAUCUUUUUCUCCACCAAAAACAAGCACUGUAUUGGUUGUACCAUCGUGAGAACUCAGAUGAAUUGCUAGCAUUUUGGGAGCAUAACGACCAUGGUUACAUGAACGUCUUAACGGAUUACCAUACUGAUAGACGCCCUAACCCGUUACGUGGUGGGAUCUUUGCACGCCACACGGGAUUGGGUAAAACUCUCACUAUUCUAACUUUGAUCGCUUUGGAUAAAUAUACUGCUUCAAAUGAUGUAAAAGCCGAAGUUGAAAAUGGGACAUUUGUUAACCCGACUCUUGAAAGAUCAAGAAGGGCUAGUAGAAAAUGGAAAGCAGAUGAGUAUACAGGCCAGGUUGCCCCAAAAAUCACAUUAAUUGUUUAUCCGCCAUCUGUGGUUGCAACUUGGCAAACCCAACUAGCAGAGCACACUAAAUGUAAAAGGUUGAAAUUCUAUUUGUACUAUGGGCAAAGGACUCAAGAUGUUUUCGAGUGA